GCGGGGGCGGGGCCCGGCCGCCGCGGGGCCUCCUGACUUCCCCAGGGCGGUCGCUGACGCGCCUGGCAGCUCCCUGAAUCGCCUUCGGUGCGGGAGCUGUGGCGACUGGUCCCUGCAGCUGCCCUCCUCGCCUCUCCUCCUCUGAGGCUCCGACCUCGGCAGCCCUUACGGCUCUUGGCGUCUCCACUGGCGCCACCGUCAGGCCCGCGGGCCGCGGUGCCCAUGAGAACGCGGGCCCCGCCGCCGCCUUUGCGGCGUCUCCGUAGUCCCGGAGCGCCCCGAGCCGGCGGGGGCAUGGACGCGGCAUGAACGCGGAGCCGCCACCCGAGCCACAGAAGACCGCGGCGUCGGAGCCCGAGGUGGGAGCCAUGCCGGAGAAGCGCGCGGGCGCGCGGUCCCCUGGCGGCAGCACGCUGCAAGGCUUCGGCCGACCAAGUGUAUACCAUGCUGCUAUUGUCAUCUUCCUUGAAUUCUUUGCAUGGGGCUUAUUGACAACUCCAACAUUAACUGUUCUACAUGAAACAUUUCCUCAACACACAUUCCUCAUGAAUGGUCUCAUUCAAGGUGUAAAGGGCCUGCUCUCUUUUCUGAGUGCCCCACUCAUAGGCGCUCUGUCUGAUGUGUGGGGGAGGAAGCCCUUUCUCCUUGCCACUGUCUUCUUCACCUGCUUCCCAAUUCCACUGAUGAGGAUCAGCCCAUGGUGGUAUUUUGCAAUGAUUUCCAUGUCUGGAGUCUUCUCAGUCACGUUCUCUGUGAUAUUUGCCUAUGUAGCUGAUGUUACUCAGGAGCAUGAGCGAAGUACUGCUUAUGGAUGGGUCUCAGCUACAUUUGCGGCCAGUCUGGUCAGCAGCCCAGCCAUUGGAGCAUACCUCUCUGCCAGUUAUGGAGACAGCCUCGUUGUGCUGGUGGCCACAGUGGUGGCUCUUCUGGACAUCUGCUUCAUCUUAUUGGCUGUUCCAGAAUCUUUGCCAGAGAAAAUGAGACCUCUCUCCUGGGGAGCGCACAUUUCUUGGAGACAAGCAGAUCCUUUUGCGUCACUGAAGAAAGUUGGAAAAGAUUCUACUGUCUUACUAAUCUGCAUCACCGUUUUUCUUUCAUACCUUCCUGAAGCUGGACAGUAUUCAAGUUUUUUUCUCUAUCUCAGGCAGGUCAUAGGUUUUGGAUCUGUCAAAAUUACAGCAUUCAUAGCUAUGGUAGGAAUUCUGUCUAUUGUGGCUCAGACAGUCUUUCUUAGCAUCUUGAUGAAAUCAUUAGGGAAGAAGAACACUGUCCUCCUUGGUUUGGGCUUCCAGAUGUUCCAGUUAGCCUGGUAUGGUUUUGGAUCUCAGGCAUGGAUGAUGUGGGCAGCUGGGACCGUAGCUGCGAUGUCGAGCAUUACAUUUCCAGCUGUCAGUGCCCUUGUCUCUGGGAAUGCAGAGUCAGACCAGCAAGGAGUUGCCCAGGGGAUCAUAACUGGAAUAAGAGGACUGUGUAAUGGCCUAGGGCCGGCCCUGUAUGGCUUCAUUUUCUACAUGUUCCACGUGGAACUGACUGAGUUGGAACCAGAAUUGAAUUCUAACAAUGCUGCCCUGCAGGGAGCUGUCAUCCCAGGCCCACCGUUUUUAUUUGGGGCAUGUAUAGUUCUUAUGUCUUUUCUGGUUGCCUUAUUCAUCCCUGAAUACAGUAAAGGCAAUGGAACUCAAAAACAUAGCAACAGCAUCAGCGGCUGCCUGACCAACACUCCAGAACGGGGCAAUAACGAGGACAUUGAGCCACUGCUGCAGGACAGCAGCAUUUGGGAGCUCUCUUCCCUCGAGGAGCCUGGGAAUCUUUGCAGAAAGAGGGAUUCUGUAGACGCCAUCUCUGAGAGCCACGGAGAAGCCACACCACAUGGAGACUUUAAGGUGCUGGAAGGGAGAUACUAGUAACAUCCUCCAGGAUCUAGCUUGAGAAGGAACCACCCCUAUCCCUUUGUCUCCCUCCUCUUCCUCUUCCUUUUCUGUCAUUCUUUUUCUUUUGUUGAUACAUUAGGGCAAGUUAAGAUUUGAAAUACUUUUCUGAAAAUAAUAUGCAACCCUCAAAGUUAUCUGGAGUCCAUACUUUGAAACUCAAGUAGAAAUCAUUCCUGGGAGUUCCCUUGUGGCUCAGCAGGUUCAGGAUCUGGGUGUGGCCAAAUAAAAAGAAAAAAAGAAAAAAUCAUCUAUAGUAGAAAGGAUAGCUUUCCUUUAGUAACUUUCAGAAUGAGAGUGACCAUGUCCUCUUCAGGAGAAAGGAUUGUAGUGCAACUCCCAUCUCUGACAAAAUUUGAGAUACAGAAUCUCAUAUUUUCUUCCUUCCUGUUUCUCUGACCUGUACCCAUUUAGCCCAUGGAUGUUUAUGAGUGGUUGCUCCAAGAGCCACUCAGUAUCAGGGAUCUACUGUCUUUGUUCAAAGGUCAGGCAGAAAUCUAGUCUUACUCUCCUUUCCUUCUCUCUCUACUUCCUCUUCUUGGUUAGAAUGAACUUCAGCAUAUACACCUCUGAACAGUGAUAGUAUGAUCAGUGAUUACCUUUACCAGAUGAAGGGAAGUUGUUUUUUUUUUUUAAUAAAUUUAAAUCAUGAAGAACAAGCACCUCAGAUUCCUGGACCGAUUGUCUUGGUCGAUCCAAGGUGAUUUAAACACAUCAAGCAUUCCGGUGGCAACAUAGAAAUUGGAGAGUGCUUUUAAGAAAGUUUUCUACAAUGUUAACAUUCCUGAGUGAGGAUGAGGAUGAGAGUUAGUACCUGGAUACCAGUCGAGUUUAUAGACAUGUUUAGACUCAUGUGAUGCAUUAUUACUCUUUGCUCCCACACAUGUCUCCUGUGUCCCACUUUUCAGUGUUUCUCAUCCGUCACACCCCUGCCUUAACUACUCUAUGUAGGCACUUGUUUUCAGUCAGUCUUUAUUUUCAUCUGUUUAUCUGCCUUUUGGAUCUCAUGGGAAUAUGCACAGUAAAUUCCUUUCUAAAAUAUGAUGGUUUAAGAAGCUCAGUGUCACAAUAAGUGUCUUGCUAAUUUUUUGAGAUGUUUUAUGGACAAAGAAAACUUUACAGAUUUAUAUGUAUUUUGCUGUACCAGUAAGUGGACCAUUAACUAGGGCCCAUCUUUAACAAAGCACUCCUUUGGAAGUUUUAUAGAUAAGAAAUAUAUGUAGAUAUUCGUAAGAAGUUUUAAUUUUUUUGACGGGGUGCUGUGUAAAUCUUGUAUUUAUAAAUGUAAUGAAGGUAUUGACAGAAAAAAUAUAUACAACUUUUAUAAAGGAUUGUGUACUGACUGAAUACAUUUAAAAGAAAAUAUAUUUUGAAACCUGUUCUGCCAUGAACAAAGAUAACAUAUCUUUUUACUAUGCUGUUGGUUUUUAAGUUAAGCUUCCUAAUGCAUAAUAAAUUUGCGAUGGAUAUUUUUA